AUGAAUCCGGCCUUAUGGUCUAGUCGUAUGAUUCCUGCUUUGGGUUACCAAAGCGCAAAUGCAGGAGGUCCUGGGUUCAAUUCCCAGUGA